UCCCGUCCUGUAAAGAAAUCUGUGAAUGCAAUGAGGCAUCUGGCUGGGAGCACAAGCAGCAUGGCACAUCCCGGGGAAGCCGCAGCCUGCCGCCCUGCCCUGCUCACUCUGCCUUCCCACAGCUCCGCGGGACUGAGGAUGAGGAUGAUGGGGAUGCUGCUGGGGAGCAGAGUGCAGCCUCAGGACCCAUGAGUUCUUUAUUCCGGAGGACUAUGCAUUAUCCGCAGGGGGGCCAUGGAGAAAAUAGCGUCCGGCGUCUCCCAACUCAGCUGGAGCUCCGUGUCUUUGCCCCUGGACGUGAUCGUCAGUAAAUUCCGGCUUCCCACGCUGCUCAAACUGGGCAAAGGGGAGUAUGUGGACGGGGUGAGGGACGAAGAUGCCAUUUUGAUUCAUUCCUGCCGACAGUGGACGACGGUGACAGCUCACAGCCUCGAGGAGGGACACUACGUCAUAGGGCCAAAAAUCGACAUCCCCCUCCAGUAUCCAGGAAAGUUCAAGCUCCUGGACCAGGACCGGGAUGUGCGAGAGCCAGUGCAGUAUUUCAGCAGCGUCGAGGAGGUGGCCAGCGUCUUCCCUGACCGUGUCUUUGUUAUGGAAGCCAUUACCUUCAGCGUCAAGGUGGUCUCAGGGGAAUUCAGUGAAGACAGUGAGGUUUAUAACUUUACUCUGAACACUGGGGAUGAGCUGACCCUGAUGGGCCAGGCGGAAAUACUCUGUGCCAAGACGGUGAAGGAAAAGUCGCGCUUCAAUACCAUCCUGAAGAAGUUGGGCAAAGCGGGCACGCUGGGCAAGCAAGUGAAGGGAAAGAUGCCGUGUCUGAUCUGCAUGAAUCACCGCACCAAUGAGAGCCUGAGCCUCCCGUUCCAGUGCAAGGGCAGUUUCAGCACUCGCAGCCCCCUAGAGCUACAGAUGCAGGAGGGGGAGCACACUAUCCGGAGCAUCAUCGAGAAGGUGCGCUUACCCGUUAAUGUGGUGGUUCCCACCCGUCCGGCCAGGAACCAUUAUGACCUUCACGUCAUCCGGGAGGGCCACCGCUACAAGUUGGUGAGCAUCAUCUCCAAGACCGUGGUGUUGUGUUGCCUCCUGCGGAAGGAAGAGGUGAAACCCUUCCACUUUCUGCUUCUCACUGACAUGCCCCGCUUCUCUCUCCCGGAGGGACUACUUUGUGGAGACCCUCACUUUGACAAGCUGGUAAGGGAUUGCGCUAAUUUUUGCCAAGAACAUCGCUUCAACCCGGACGACUACUCCAAGGCUGUCCGAGAGACCAAGACAGACUUUGCAGAGGAGUGUGCCAGUCCUAGAAAGAUCAGAGUCUGCCUCCAGGGUUUCUCCGCCGGUUCCAUCAACUACACCCGGGAGGAGCUCAGCCAAGGCCUCCAACGUUUAUCCCUGUGCGUCUACAGCGGAGCCCUCCCAGAGGAGCACAGCGGCCAGGACUGUCAGCACCCAGGCAUGGCUUCUUCUUCAGACUCAGAAGACAGGGAGUACAUGACUCCUGAUUGGGUGGAGCAAGAUUUUAGGACUCAGGAACAAGUGGAGAUCCCAUAUGAAGAACUCUGGACCAAUCAAAACUCUGAGAAUUAUUCUGAACCCAGCAGCAAACCUCUUGGUUUAGAAUGUGGCAACAAGGUCCAGCAGGACCUCAUUUCUUUUGUAACCUCAUCUACGGCCUUAGAGGGGAAAAGCAGUUCACCUACUCCACCAGCCUUAAUUGUUGAUGAAAAAAGGACUGAAUCGCCUCCUCCAGUGCCCCCCAAAUCAGAGGCAGUGAGGGAAGAAUGCCGCCUUCUGAAUGCACCUCCUGUACCCCCCCGUGGAGACAGAACAUUCUCCAAUUCUAGCCCACCGGUCCCACCUCGCUUACCGAAGACCAAGCUGUCAUCAACUCAUUCCCCCAACCCAAGCCUGUCCUAUUACUCCUCUGGCCUCCAUGACAUAUCAGGGACUCGCAGUGGAAGCUGCUCUCCUUCCCCAGACUCCUAUUCGCUGUACUGCUAUCCAUGCACAUGGGGAGACUGCAAGGCUGGGGAUGCGUCCAACCGCCAGAUGUCAGGGACCAUGGCCUCUACUGCCCAGCCCACACAGACCUCCUGGUCAGACUCCUGGGCCUAUGCAGAUACUGGUCCUAGUGUGGCCAGUGGGCGUUCUACUCCAUUGCUAAGCACAGACACUACGAUAAAGACCUACUACAGCUGCCCUCGGCUAAAGCCCCCACAGACUCAAAAACGCUUUGCACCAUUUGGAGCACUCAACCCAUUUGCCAACCCUUCCUUUUCUUCCACUCCCUCAUCCUCUGCGGAUUGGCUGGAUCCCCUCGACCACCAAAAAUCCCCUUCUUCUUCUGCCUCGGAGGCCCUUGACCCAUUUGACAUAAGCCACAGCCAGACCACCUCACCCGAUUCUGUCUCCAUAGGAUCAGAGGUGCGUUUUGUGCCCGACCCCGUUUUUAAAACUGGAGGAACAGCCACAUGUCCACCACCUCCUCCUAGACCUACAAAAGGGUUUGAGACUGAUAAGAUUGUUAUUAGGAGCACAACCCCUCUAUCUCCUACUAUUCUGAGGGGAGCAGAAGGAGGAGUCACAAGAGUGUAUCUUACACAAGGGGUCAUAGAGGUGCCACCAAUGCCCUCUAGGAGCAACAUGGACACCUCAUCUUCUCACACCCCUGGUGUUCCUAGACUCCCUGGGGAUCUUCUGACAUGGAACCCUCCACCUGAUCUGUCUGCUCUGUCAGUGGAAGAAGUUUCCAGAUGCCUGAGGUUUAUCGGCCUCUCGGAGGAUGUUGUGACGUUUUUUGUGCGAGAGCGAAUAGACGGCAGCAUCUUUGUUCAGCUGACGGAGGAAAUCUUGUCCGACGACUUCAAACUGACCAAACUCCAGGUGAAAAAGAUCAUGCAGUUCAUUAAGGGCUGGAGACCCAAGAUAUGACAGAGACACGGACAUAUUUGUGUGUAAAGACUUGAUAACUAUUUCUCCCAAGGGAAUUUUGGGAAACUCUAAACAAUGUUUAUUUUAUAGGAUAUUCCUGUUUUUAACAAAAUGUAGGUCAUUUCCUAGGAAUACAAUAGCACAAUUUGCACAAAAUAUAUCAUUAUAUGGUGAGUCCAUGUAUCAGAUCCCAUAAGGACUUUACAUUAACACUCAACAAAAGUUUUCUGAAAAUGUUUAGUUUGGGGUUUUUUUUUGGCCUCCUGAAUAUAAUAUAUUGAUGUUUUUGUUUCUGAAUAAUUCCUUCUGUCCAAGAAAACUGAUUUAGCCAGACCCGCAGGACUUGCAGUGUGCAACUCUACUAAAAUAUAUUGUGCUCAGACUGAGAUCUGACCAUGAACUAUUAUUUACUAUUAAAAGUCAGAGAAAGCCCUAAAUAUCUUA